AAUGCAGUCCAUACAGAUGUGAUUCUGCUCCCUUAAAUCCCAAUCUCAGCCUGUGUCACUUCAACAUUACAGAUCCAGACAUUACUGGAGUGUUAUGAAGGUUUCAGUGGCAUAGCUGAUGGAAACCGAGCCCGGUCAACAUGUGCGCGAACGUUUUCGGCGCGUUGAAGAGCCUGUUUGGGAAACCCUUUGAUGGUGGGAAAAGGACAAUGGAUCAUGGCAAUCAGCAGCCACAGACACAACAGAUGCCAGGACCCUUUUCUGGUUAUGCAGGACCCCAGGGCUCGUACCCUGGCCAGCACCCGGCCCUGCUUCGGUUGAGUGAAGUGCAGAGAGAGAUCGCCACACUCGGUCCACAGGUGUGCUCAUUCAGCGGCCUGCAGAGUGACCGAGAAUACAAACGCAUGGAGCGAGACCUGACCAGAUUACUGUUGGAGAUUGAUCAGGUGGAGACGGAGGGCCGUCCGGAGCUCCAGCAGCCUCGGAAGCGUGCGGCGGGAGAGGUUGAGGGUCUGCUUCGGUACCUGGAGGGCAACGCUACACAUCCAUCUCGACUGGCCAUCGAAGAGCUAACCCAGACGGCGCAGAGAAUACUGAAUGAAGGGGUCGUGCUACCUUUACGACAGGGCCAGGUUUUAGAUGCUUUUGAGAUCGGCGAGGAGCUGGUGGAAGCUGUGCAGGACGUGGCCAUGCGUCUGGCUCAGGUUAAGACAGGUGGGAGCGUACCGCUCAGAAAGGCCCGUUACAAGGCGCUGACACGGGUCUGUGCCGUACAGGAAAUACUGGAGGGACGCGUGCAAACUCACACGUUGGCACUGCCGCUGUCAGAUGACACGCAUGAGGCUGUACAGCGAAUUAACCAAGUCAUGGCACAGGUGAGUAGUGCGAGGUGUCAGGAGGUGGCUUUGCUGAUGGGUCUCAGUGGACGUGACAGCUGUGCCCACCUGGCCAGGAUCCUUACAGAGCUCCUGGUUGAGCUGGAUGCUCUGGAUGUGUCGAGCAAUGCUGCUGUCAGGAACUACAGGAAACAAGUGGUGGAGGAGAUCAAUGGCCUGCUUAAACAUCUUGACCUGGAGGGAGAGGGAGAUGACACACGCAGAUAUGAUCUAGCUCAGAAUGACUCGAUUCGUGAAAUCGAGGCAAUCAGAGGGCGCGUCUUGGUCCUACAGGAGGAGGUGCUUCGGUACGGCGCCAUAGGACAGGGGUCGGAGCUGCAAAGUCUCCUCACUCACUUAGAUCAGGUAGACACGGGCCGAAAUCCCUGCAUUCGGGAGGCACGCCGCAGAGCUGUGUUGGAAGUUCAGGCUGUCAUCACCUUCCUAGACCUCCGGGAAGCCCUGGGACGUCGUAACCCUGUACCGGACGAACCUCCGCCUCACGCGGCCGUGUGGCGAGUCUUAGCCAGCCUGUCCGACCUGCAGGCUCAGGUUUUAAGCUUUGAUGGCAAGAGAGCAGACAAGAGCUACAUGCUUUUGGAAGAGCUACUGACCAAACAGCUUUUAGCUCUUGAUGCCGUGGACCCUCAGGGGGACGAAGGAACAAAAGUUGCCCGUAAGCAAGCAGUUAAACACGCCCAGAAUAUCCUUAGUUACCUGGAUAUGAAGACAGAUGAGUGGGAAUAUUGACAGACAAAAACUUGGCAGUAUUGGAGAGAUUUUUCUGAAUAAAAAGCUGCAAGAAAAGGCAAAAUAUAUGGCAAAAAAAAAAAUGUGUCCUGUGUGCGAUAUAUCAGGAUGAGAUAUAGCAGUGGCCAUGGGUGAAAUUUUUAAUUUGUAUAUAAAAGACAGUUUUGCUGUAGGCAGCAGGACUGAUACCCAUUAUGCACCUGCUGCUUUUGUUGGUCCAUUAUAGGUCCCUAAAAAACAGCAUUUCUUCUGGCAAAAGAAACCUUUUUUCUACUGCACAUGAAGUGUUGUUUUUAUCAGAAUAAUUCCAUGUUUUGGUCGGUGUGGUGUGGUGCGGUGCUAAACCCUGUUCUGCUGCCAAAAUUUGCUUUCUGCUAUACCACAUGCUUGUGUAGGGCACAGUGUUGAGAUAUGCGGUCUUCAAUGCGGUGUAAAGCUUUUAUCUCUGAUAUGAAGAAACUCAUUGGUCUCUGUUACGCCCAGAACGGGUAGCGCAACAGGUGAUACAAUAACAAAGAAGGCCCAACUUAAGUGUUUAUAGGUUUGUUUAUUUUCUGUAAAAGCAUAUUUACUUUAUUUAUUACUUUAAAAUGCACUUUUAUAGCUUAAGCUCCUCUAGGUAUAGUCACAAGCCAAACAAACAAUAACUCACCCUGCCUGAGGGAACAAUUAUACAUUCUGCGUUCUUCACAUUAUAACUGACCCAGUAUUUUGUAUCUUAGUUGAUGAUGCAGUAAAUAAAGGGACAGUUCAUCCAAAAAUGAAAAUUAUGUCAUCAUUUUCUCAUCUUCAUGUUGUUCUAAACCUGUAUGAUUUUUUUCUGAUGAACACAAAAGAAGAUAUUUUGAUAAAUGAUGGUAACCACAUGGCUGAUUGUAACCAUUGACUUCCAUAGUAGGAAAAACAAAUACAAUGGUAUUUAAUGGGUACUGUGAACUGUGUAUCUUCAUCAUUUAUUACAAUAAUACUUAUAUAAUAUUUGUAUUUCUACUAUUAUUUUGUGAACAUCAGAAAAAAAAUCAUACAGGUUUAGAACAACAUGAGGAUGAGUAAAGGAUGACAGAAUUUUAAAUUUGGUGUGAACUAUCCCUUUAAAUGAUGCAUUUUCCACAAAAGGAAUGGAAAGGGUGUGGGACAGCAUUGUUUCAGUGUUUAUAGAAAUUGCUGGAAAAACUACUGACUAAGAAAUGACUAACCGCAUUCUUUUGUUUUGUUGGAUUUUGUAGAGAAGCAGAAUUGUCUUUGGAAAUGCUUCUGUUAGUGUUGUGUCAGUUACAGAUAUAAAGGAUGAAAAAUAGAAACUA